GCUUUACUGGUGGACCGACUUGUUAUGAUCGUUUACUGACGUCGUCAUUUCCGUGCUUGUACCUCGGUUGGAAAACACGAUAGUCCUUUGGUCGUGUACAUACGACUACUGUGUGUAUGUGUGUGCCUUUUUAACGAUCGUCUUCCGUAGAGGAUAGCGAGUGUAUGUAUAAUCUGUUUGGUAUCUCGGCCUUGUCCUUCAGUAUGUCAAAUUCAGUGGAACAGAGGAGCUCUUCAGAUUCGGUUGUGGAGAAACCCAGUGAUUUGUUCCCGUCUGGCACGAGCGCUGCCGUUGAUUUGCCGCAUAUUUCGACAUUUCUACACUAUCAGCAUUCUGCCCUUGAGGAAUGCCAGCAGCGUAUUAAACAGCAAGAAUCCAUUAAAGCGGAUUAUGUGCGACUACAGCAGCGUCUAUCCGACAUUGGCAGCAGUACACGGUAUCCGAACAGUGUCGUACCACUCGGUCGCCACUGUGUUGUGCGCGCGGAAUUAAUUCACACGAAUGAAAUCCUUGUCUUUCUGGGUGAUGGUUAUUUUGUCGAACGGACUAGUCAGCAGGCCGUGGAGAUUGUUGGACGGCGAUUGCAUGUGAUUAGCACGGUAUUACAGCGCUUAACCGAAGAGAAGGCGCUGAUUGACGGCAAAAUGGAGAUGCUGGCCAAAUUAGCUCAACAGCAAAGUAUGGAGGAUGUCGUGGAGAUUCGCGAGCGCCUGGAUGAGCAUCAUUACGGGCCAGGGGAGGGUCGGGCAGUGCGGGAAAAAUUAUCCACCGACGAGCAGAUCCGACAGCGUCUGGAUGAACUGGAAGACGAGGAGGACGACGGGAAACGGGGUGGAUCCUCCCUGGAUGAACCGGAAGAGCUGCAGGUGGAGGAUGACAGUGAGGAUAUGACCGAGGAUGAUUUUUUUAAACGCCCCAUCCCGCCCCCUAACGCCCGGCCCCGGCGCAGUUCCCUGCCGUCGGUGGACACCGGGAAGCGGAGUCGGAAGAAGAGUGUCACGUUCGCGCCCAUCGAGGGCGGACGGGUGCCGGAACGGGAGAAUAAAUCCCAAAAUAGUAUGUUCAAGCAGGCGUUAAAGUUGAAAUUGGUGGGGACAAAGUGUAAAAGUAUGGAUGCCGGGGAGGAUGGGGACGAGGAUUGGGCGUAUAUGCCGCCGGUGCGGACGUAUUCGGAGGGUGCUGGACCGAAAUUAAAGAAACAGGAGCACGUUAAUAGUAUGGAUAUGGAUGUGGAGAUGGCAUCCAAUGCACUUCCUGUUUCCGAUACGAAUGUCAUUGUGGAGCGCAAUGUGGAUAGCCUGGAAUCUCCUUCUGCCUUACCGUCUGCAUCGUCAGAAUCUCGACCUGUCUCCCGAUUUAAGGCUAGUCGCAUGCAGAAAGAAAGCUAGGAGAAAAGUGGUUCAUAUUAUAAAUUCUCCUUUUGUGACAAUGCAGUGCCCAAAAUUCUGUGUGCGCUUGUAAAGUGUAUAAAAUUCUUUUGCCGGCAUUAAUAUUGACUUACCUGGGUUGUGUUUUCAAAGCAUUUUGGCAAUUUCAGAGAGUUUUAUUGUUACAAGUUUUCUUCAUUUGCACAAAAUAUUUCUUAUAGUCCAGCCGGGAAGAAUGCUGUUUUUGCGUGUGAUCGCAGUUUGAUUUGUGAUGGCCCGACAGUUGUAUGUAUUGUGGCCGUUUGAAGUUAUGCGCUUACACGCUGACUAAAAUAAGUAAUCCUG